AUGGCCUCCUCCAUCCUUGAGACAAGUUCACCUAUUUCUGACCAGCCAGCAAGACUCCGUGACGCUCAGAGCAUCAGAUUGACCUUUGACCUGCUUCAGGGUUCAUCAAACGAACUGAAACGAAACGGCCACCAUCUGCACCCGUUCGGCAUCUUCCGAGUGGCAGCGCUGUGCCACGGAGGAUCUCCCCCCGCGCACCAUGAGCGCACUGUCAACCAAUCAGAGCGCGUGAGCCCACUCGAGUUAAAAACGCCCCGCGGCUCCGGCUGGGAGCUCAGAGCGCCGAUCGACCAGAGGACGAUGGAUGCCGAGGGAGGUCGCGCCGUCCGACGCAGCGGCAGAGUCGGGAGGCUGGCGGUCGUGGUGGCCGUGCAGAACCUGCUGGUGGUCGCCUGCCUGCUGGUCACCGUUUACCUUUACCUGGAGUCUCUGGCCGUGCAGCCAAAAGACCCCGUGUACAUCCAGUUUGAAACGCACGCAGCGUUGAGAUCAGACACACAUCUGGAGUUGAAGACGGACAGGGAAAACAAGUUGCAGAACAACAACGGCAACGUCACCAUCAGCUGCACGGGGCCCUACGUUUGGCACAUGCGCAGCUGCUACGAGAAGAUGGGCAAUUCCUCGAACGUCAGCGGGAAUCUGACGCUGCUGGUGAAGCGCACGCUCCCAGUCAGCUCCUUCGCCAUGAACGCAACGCAAGAAAGGGUCUGCAGGGGGCUCCAGAGCAUCGUCUACCUGGUGGCGGAAGACGUGAUCAGAUUCCGCUUUUCCUCAGAAAAGGGCUUCCGGAUGCUCAACGUGAGUAUGGGCCUGAGCUACCUGCUUGGGAACAAAUGUGAAUAUUGA